AUGUCCGCCGCAGCCGAGAACCCCCAUCCCAUCCCACUGACUGAAUCCGAGGUCUUGAUCCGUGGCUUCCUGGCAGCCAACCCUGCGCUUGACGCCGAGCUGGGCUCUAUUGAAAUCAUGACCGACCGCUACACGAACGAGGAGUGGGCCGCGCAGAUUGCGGAAACGCAGAAGGCGGUGCUGAAAGAGGUGGAGAGUGGAGAGAGGGCGAAGAAGGUGUACGCGGGGCCGAGGAUGCGCGACGGGGGCGAGGCGCUGAAGGAGCUGGCUAAGACGGUGGACCACACGGUCCUCAAGCUCGAUGCAACGAGCACGCAGAUUGACAGCUUGUGCAGUGAGGCCAGGACCGAGGACUUCAAGUCCGUCUGCGUCCGCUUGAACUGGGUACGACGCUGCGUCGCCAACCUCAGAGGCUCGUCCGUCGUCGUAGCAGCCGUCGUCGGCUUCCACGAAGGCACCCAGGAUACGUACUCCAAGCUGCGCGAAGCGCGAGCCUGCGUCGCCGCGGGAGCCUCUGAGCUCGACCUGGUGCUCAACCACUCCCUCCUAACCAAGCACAACAAGCCCGCGUCCCCCCAGCUCAUCCGCAGCCACGACUCAGCCAUCGACAGCAUCACGGCCGCCAACACGGCCGCCAACGCCGCCUCCACCACAGGCAGUGACGACAACGACGACGACGACGACGAGAUCCCGGACUACAGCACCCUCUACCGCGAGCUGGCGAGCAUCCGCUCCCUCUGCCCCUCGCCCGUGGUGAUCAAGUUGAUUCUCGAGACCUCGCAGCUCAGCCCCCAGCAGAUCCUGGCCGCCUCGCACCUCGCAGCGGCCGCGAACCUGGACUUCAUCAAGACGUCGACAGGCUUCAACGGGCCCGGCGCGUCGCUGCCCAACGUGCAGCUCAUGGUCGGCGCGGCAGAGUACUUGCACAAGACGGGCGUGAGCAGGCGGCAGAUGCAAGUCAAGGCGUCCGGCGGCGUCAGGAGUCUCGAGGACGCGGUCAAGAUGCUGGAGGCUGGAGCCACGAGACUGGGCACUAGCAGUGGGCUGUGGAUUAUGCAGCAGGCGAGGGAGAAGGUCGAGCAGGGUAGGGAGGGGAAGGGUGCGAGUAGGCCGGCCGCGACGAGGCUGUAUACUGAUGAUUCGGUGAGUGGAGGGUACUAG